UCUAACAGCAUUCCAAAAUGGAUCGUUGGACUGGCCGGGUGGCCGUCGUUACCGGUGCCAGCUCCGGUAUUGGUGCGGCCGUAGUGCAAGCGCUCGCCAACGCGGGCAUGAUCGUGAUCGGUCUGGCAAGGCGUGUCGAACGGGUGGAGGAACUGCGCCAACAGCUCUCCAAACAGGCCGCCCAACGGCUGCACGCGAUCCGGUGUGAUGUAACGCGGGAAGAAGAUAUAGUGGCCGCUUUCGACCAAAUCGAGCAGCAGUACGGUGGUGUUGAUGUGUUGAUCAACAAUGCUGGUAUUGCGCGAGGUGGAAUCAAUCUGUUCACACCGGGCAAUGCCGAUCCGCUGCGUCAGGUACUCGAUACGAACGUGAUGGGUGUGGUGCUGUGCAGCCGCGAAGCGUUCCAAUCGAUGAUGCGCCGCUCGGUCGAUGGACACAUCGUGCAGGUGAACAGUGUGGUAGGGCAUACGGUGCCCGCGUUCGCUAGCUUCAACAUCUAUCCGGCGUCCAAGUUUGCAGUGACGGCGCUGACAGAAUCGAUGCGCCAUGAGUUGCGGAUAGAGGGAACGCGCAUCAAAGUGACGAGUAUUAGUCCGGGACUGGUCAGGACGGAGGCGGUCCCUAGUGAGCUGAAAACGGGCCAGACGCCAAUACUGGAACCGGAGGAUAUUGCGGAUGCCGUGCUGUACGUGCUGGGCACCCCGCCGAGGGUACAGGUCCAUGAGCUUACCAUUAGACCCGUUGGUGAAAUGAUGUGAAAUGAAACAUACAACGCUUCUAAAUGAGACCAUGCAAAAGUCAACUGGGUACUGGUAGGUGGUCUUCAAAUAAAGAAAUGAAG